CCUUCUGUUCAGCAAUUCCACACAGUGAGGAGUCGCCAGCAAUGGCAGCAAUAGGUGGAGGAAGCGGUUCCUCAAAUGCAAACGCCUCAUCGUCUGCUUCCUCUCAUCAAGCCCCCAAAAUCCUAUUAGCCAAGCCAGCUCUAGUCACUGCAGCCAAGUAUAAUCGCGGACCUGGUGGCGGUGGAGGCGGCGGUGGCCCCGAUGACGCUUCAUCGUCACUCCGCUCUCGCCUUCCCUCCGUUGGCUUUCUCAAUCUGUUAUCCGACUCCUGGGAUUUCCACACCGAUCGCUUCCUUCCGUUUUUGACGGACAAUACCGAUUUUACGGUGAUCGGAGUGAUUGGUCCUGCGGGAGUUGGCAAGUCUACUAUCAUGAAUGAGAUUUAUGGCUUUGAUGCAACUUCCCCCGGGAUGUUGCCUCCUUUUCCGAUAGAAUCCAUGGAAACCAAGGCCAUGGCAAGGCAUUGUACAGUUGGUAUCGAACCUAGAAUCACUUCUGAAAGGAUCAUACUUCUUGAUACACAGCCUGUUUACAGUCCAUCGAUUUUGGCUGAAAUGAUUAGACCUGAUGGUUCAUCCACAAUAUCAGUUUUGGGUGGUGAACCCUUACCUGCUGAGUUGGCUCAUGAACUCAUGAGCAUACAGCUUGGUGUUCUCUUAACAUCCAUUUGUCACAUUAUAUUGGUGGUUUCAGAAGGAGUUCAUGAUAACAACAUGUGGCGUUUGAUGGCAACGGUGGACUUGCUAAAGCAUAGCAUACCAGACCCAUCCUCCCUUUCUCUUUCCCAUCCACAGAGCUCUAAUUUAGGAUCUGAUAAAGAGGUGAAAGAUAAAAUUCAAGAGGUUGGAGAAGAAUACAUGGCUUCUCCUGUUUUUGUGCACACAAAGCUUCAUGAACAAGAUGUUGCACCACAUUAUCUAGUUCAACUAAAGAAAGGACUUAAUCAGUAUUUUAGCUCCACUUCAUUCAACAAACAGAAACAUCAGAAUGUAGAUGAUGGUGAUUCUGCUUCUGCUUCUGCUGCUGCACCAAUUAAGUCAUUCUUUAUUGCAUCCAAGACUAACACUGACUCAUUGGGGACACAACAUGAGAGUUAUCAUUCUUCCUUGUGGAACCUCCGUGAUCAGGUUUUAUCAAUGAGUAGUCCAUCAUUUUCAAGAACUGUGUCUGAGAGAGACUGGCUGAAGAACUCUGGGAAGAUAUGGGAAUUAGUGAAGAAUUCAUCAACCAUUUCUGAUUAUUGCAAGACACUACAAAAUUCAGGUUUAUUCAGGAGAUAGAGCCAUGGCAUUUCAUCUGUUAUCUUAUGUCAUACACACAGAAAACAAUGUAGGGCAUUUUUAUUUUUGUUUUUGUUAAUUUUAUGUCCGAAUAUGGAGGGAUAUAAGCGUUUGCUGUCUGUUUUGUGAGCUGAAUGAAAAUUACCAUAUUUAAACAUAUAUAUUUUUAUAAAUUUGUCAUUGCUAUUUUCA